UCAAACGGACUGCCACCAUGUCUCUCCUCGGAAAGAAGUUCCCCACUCCCGUUGCCAAGCCUCUGGCCCCCUUCUUCGCUGCCGGUGUGGUCAUCCUCUACGGCGUCAACUCUUUCGCCAACGUUCUCAUGAACACUGCUGAGUUCAAGAACGACCCCCGCAACCCCAACGCCAAGAACCAGAAGCAUUAAAUUAGUCCUUGACGAAGUUCGAGCACGCUGAGAUGGCGGGAAAACGGUGGUCGUGGGUGGUCUGAGACCCCGAUUACCCAGUCGCCGGUGAUUCGUUUUGCGGGCAUUUACUCUGUAUAAGCUUAUAGAAGAUACCGUCCUAGGACAUAUUGGCGAAUUGACAAGUUGUAUAACAUUUUUCUCUCUGACGGGCACUGUAUUGGUUGACGACGUGGGCGGAACCCCCCGGAAGACGAUACGCAGGUCUUCAAUGAUCAAAGCGAGCCGAGGCAACCGUAGUCAUUCUUCGAGAGCUAGCGACACUACAGUUGAUAGAGGCGCACGGUGCAGCACUAUGUGUGCCGAGUUCCAAUGAGUGCUUGUUGAGGAGAACGGUCUGCAGCUGACCAUGAACGAGCGAGUGUCUAGCCAUAGCAUAUGGUGACUUAUACAGGGUAUCCCAUGGCUGUCUGAACAAGGC